GGCCAGCCGCUAUCCUGCACCUUCCGCCAUUUUCCCGCCUGCGAGGGUUGGCGGAUCGCGCGUUGGCUCUCGGGCUUCGGAGUGCGGGUGCCCCGGGGAGGCGAGGGAGUGAUUCGUGGUGACGAACGAAAGAUGAAUGGGAGGGCUGAUUUUCGAGAGCCGAAUGCAGAAGUUCCAAGACCAAUUCCCCACAUAGGGGCUGAUUACAUUCCAACCGAGGAAGAAAGAAGAGUCUUCGCAGAGUGCAAUGAUGAAAGCUUCUGGUUCAGAUCUGUGCCUUUGGCUGCAACAAGUAUGUUGAUCACUCAAGGAUUAAUUAGUAAAGGAAUCCUUUCAAGUCACCCCAGAUAUGGGUCCAUCCCUAAACUUCUAUUUGCUUGUAUCAUGGGAUAUUUUGCUGGAAAGCUUUCUUACGUGAAAACUUGCCAAGAGAAGUUCAAGAAUCUUGAGAAUUCCCCUCUUGGAGAAGCUUUACGCUCAGGACAAGCACGGCGAUCUUCACCAUCUGGGCAUUAUUCUCAGAAGUCAAAAUAUGACUCAAAUGUGAGUGGUCAUUCAUCUUUUGUGACAUCUCCAGCAGCAGACAACAUAGAAAAAGACAUGCUUCCUCAUUAUGAGCCAAUUCCAUUCAGUGCUUCUAUGAAUGAAUCUACUCCCACUGGUAUUACUGAUCAUAUUGCCCAAGGUAGAAACUUCUCUUGAAAUGAAUUUCAACAUUUUAUGGUCCAACAACUGUUGUCAAGUGAGAAAAUCCAUGUGAAAAUGCUUUGUGAAGUUUGUGUAAAUACUAGCUUUGAAGAUCACAGAAUGUAAGUGAAACACCAUCAACUUUGGAUUAAGGCCUGGAUUUGAAUGAUUGACAUUGGCUAGCUAUGUGACUUUAGGCAAGUAACUAAUUUGUGAUUCCUUCAGUUUCUUGAUCUCCCGAAUGGAGAUAAUAAUACCUCUCUUAAAGAGCUUUUGGAAUCAGAUGAAAUAAUCAGAGGUAAUGCCUGGCAAGUAAUGGGCUCUCAGCAGACAUUCAUUUCCUUCCUUUGUUCUUUCAAUCUAGUUUGCGGUGAAGAGUAAAGAAUUAGAAAGUACAGGUUUGCAAUUCCUUAUCUAAAAUCCUAAAAUCCAAAAAAUUCUAACAACCACAAAGCUUUAUUUUUAAAAAUUUUUGUUAUUUAUUUAUUUUUCUGACAUGGGGCUUGAACUCUCGACCUUGAGAUCAAGAGUAACAUGUUCUAUGAACUGAGCCAGUCAGGCACCCCUACAAAGCUUUUUUAGUAAUUAAACUGAUGAUAAAAUCUGACUUAAUUCAUUUUAGACCCUGACCUACACUGACAUAAGUCUAUUUGUAAUCUUUAUCUUAAAUGUGAUUUUCCUGCAUUUUGUUGUAGAAAUAUAAAUGUUUGUUUAUGCAUUGCUGCUUCAAAUCACUGAAUGGAUGGAUAGUAAGCAAUAUAAGGGCCAUAUACUAUGACAUUUUUCUAAAAUCUGAGAAACUGAAUUUUGAAAAGUUUCUGACUAUGAAGGUUUGGAUAAGGGAUUGUGGAUAGAAUGUUCUUUGAAAACGCUUCCUUUGAUGCAAAUACCAUAAGCCAGUAACUGUAAGGAACAAACAAGGUUAAAGGAACAUUUGAGCUUUUGUUGUUUAAGCUGGGACAGAUUUGGGUCCAUGUUUUAAGUUAAAGGGAGAGAGGGGAAACAGUGGGAAGGGAGAAGUUGAUUAUAAGUCAAGGUUCCAGAGGUUGUAGAAGGGGUUCUAGGUAGGUCAGAAUAUAAAGUAGCCACUAAAUACAUGUAGCUAUUAAAUAAAAUUAAAUCAGAAUGCAAAUUCAAUUCCUUAGUUGCUUUGUAAGCAUUUCAGUUCAGUAGCCACACGUGCUAGUGGCUGCUUUGUUGGAAUGUGCAGAUACAGAACAUUCUGAUCAUUUCAGAGAAUUACAUUGGCCAGCAUCGCUUUAGAGCAGGAUGGGGUGGGGGUGGUGAGUAUUAAUUAACCUUUUGGAAAAGAAGAGACAGGAGAGAAUGGAAGUUACAGUAAUUAAAGACAUUCGUAAGUGGGUGGAAGUUGUCGAGAGCCUUGACUUUUUUUUUUUUUUUCCCCUGAAUGGUUGGAAACAAAGACCUCCCAAUUAGAAAGGGAAGAAGGCUGGCAGAUUAGGAGAGAGUGGUUAGUUAUUAUUUUAUCUUCAGAGGCAGCUGUUCUAUUUCUUACUGCAUCUCUCAUUUUGCCAGACUCUCAAGUCCGAAUCCAUUCUACUUGAAUUCUAGCCGUGCAUCACCUCUUCCUUUGUAAUGAUUUUCAUCUUUCCUUCCAUUCGCAUUAGAAAAUUCCAUUCCACGUUACAUAAUUCCUUUUCCAAAUAAAAGCAAACAGACAAAAUGCCCUUUGGUAUCUGCCUAAGGACUACAGCAAAGCCCAUAUUUCAGUAUAUUUUAUGUCCUCCAGAACAGCCAUCUCUCCAUCCACUGCUCUGCUUUCCCAGCCCCUUCUCUAAAUCAGGAUUGCCACUCUUCGACUUCUCUCCACAGGGGCCAGUCGUGGCCUCCUCUGCUUUGCCCCAGGUGCUGUCCUUCCUUACCAGGACACUCUCCCCUUUUGUUUAAGUCCUGCCUGCCCUAUUUCGUUCUGCUUUCUCUUACCAGAAAUUGAGAAUUAUUAAUCUUUGAAAGUAGAAAGCACUCCUUCGUAGCUGUAAGGAGACUUAUCAUAGGUAGUUUAUUACAGUUAGAUUUAAAUCAGUGCUGUUUUAUAUUUUAUUCCUUCCAGCUCUUUAUAACCUUCCCAAAGUAGUAAAUCAUGCUAUGCAGAAUAUUUUCAUUGGGCUUUUGUAAGUGGAAAAACUUCUCCCUAAUCUUCUGAUUUAUGUUCCAUCAUUUGCCACAAUUUCAGAACAAAGAAAUAUUUUCUUUUUGGUGAGAAAAAGUAUUAGACCUGGAAGGAACUUUAGAGAUAGAUCCUCUAGUCAAACUUGCAUAUUUCACAAUUGAGAAAAACUAAGAUUCAGAGAAGCUUAGUGAUUUGCCCAAGGACAUUCAGUGCUUGUCAGCUAAGUGGGAAUGAGAAUUGUGGGUUCCUAACUAAUAAUCUAGUACACAGUUUCCUUCACAAUUUAAAAAAUAUCACGGUGAAGGGAAAUUAAUUUAAUAACUACUCAUUACCAAUGAAAUGUAAGUGCUUUUAAAAUCCAAUAUGUUUAUAAUACUUUUAUUUGCAUUCUUUUUUAGCAAAAAUUUAGUUUUCAAGAAUGGUAUAUAGUAUUAAGACUAGUUAGAAAUUUAAAGCCUUUUUGCUUUGUAUCAAUGCAGUAUACUUUGUAGCAAAAUAAAAGGUUAUGGUUGAAAACAUUUAAUGUAUAGUUAUGUUGAUUUGAAAAUUCUGAUUAUUUACUGGGAUCUUCCUGUGGAGUUCUAAAAUUCCACUUAGAUAAAAACUUCUUUUUAAAAAAUUAUUUUAAUUAAUAUGAUUAUGUUAAUAAAAUGAUACACCCAAUUUGUGUGUAAAAUUUUGAAAGAUACUAUUUUUGGAGUGGUGUGUAAGACUUUUGUAAGUUAAGUAGUUGUUGACUGAAUGCCAUGUUGGCAUUGGUUAAUUUCUUUUAAAGUGUUUAUAUGGCUUUUCUUGUUGGUUAUACAUUUUGUAAACUAUGUUUAAUAUUUGUUCCUGUCAUCUAAUAUUAGGAGUAACCACUUCCUGAUUUUUGCAUCAGUUUUUGACUCUUUAAUGAUAUGUAUUCCUACCUUGACUCUCCUUGGGAGAGAGAAAGAAUAAAUGCUGGUUCCCCAGCCAAAAUUAUCACUGCCGCUUUUUUCUGCCUUAGUAUUGCAUCCAUUAGAUCUGAGAAAAAUGAUCCGUGCUGUCAUUAAAGUCUAUAUUUUAUACUUCUCAGUAUGUAUUUUGAAGUGUUUCUGUUUAAGUAUAAAGAUGGUAAAUUUUUUUUAAUAGUUAUAGUUAUUUGCAUAUAGGCUCUGGUUAUAGGAACAUUUAACUAUACCAAGUAAAAUGUGUACUAUGUCAGGUUUUGUUCAAUUGUCACUGGUAUGCUAUAUUUCUUUUUAAUUAUAUAAAAAGUGUGAAUAAUUUUCUAGUUUAAAAACUAACAUUUUCGUGAAUAUGAAUUUUGCUGGCAUAUAUUAUAUCUAUUCUUCUGGCCCUGGUUACUUUUUAAUUUUUUUAUGUGGAUUUUAAAUUUUAGAAAUAAAAGCUUAACAGUGUACAAGAAAGUCAA